UGUGUGCGUCAAUCUAUAUGAGCUUUCAGAGAGAGAGAGAGAGAGAGAGAGAAAAAAAAAAAAGAAGGAAAAUUUAGAUCAAAGACCUUGAGUGUUAGCCUUAAGGACUACUCCACUAAGUGCUUGGAUUAGCAAAGAACGUGAACAGCGCAGUAGAACUGGGCAGUUUCUUCAGAAGCCAUGGAUCAAGCGCUAGAGGCGCUGCAUGUUUUCUUAGAGUGUACACAGUUCCUCUUUCCUCAUUCCCAUUUUGCUGUGUUCGCGGCCCAGAAAAGUAUCAUGAUGUUGCUUACUUUCAAGCAUUUUCUUAUCUCUCUUAUGAUUUUCGCUUCUGCUCUUGCGGUCUGUGGAGAAGAUCAAUCAGGGUUUAUAAGCAUAGAUUGUGGCUUACCUAAUGUAUCCAACUAUACCGAUCCGGUUAGAGGCUUGAAUUACACCUCAGACGCGGCGUUCAUCGACACCGGUAAAAAUGAGUAUAUAUUACCCGAGUACCAAAAGAACUAUGCACGUUACUACCAGUCUCUUAGGAGCUUUCCUGAAGGAGACAGGAACUGUUACAAAGUUAUCGGGAUCAUAAGAGGGGGCAAAUAUAUGAUCCGAGCUCUGUUCGUUUACGGAAAUUAUGAUAAACAAGGUGAGCCACCCGCAUUCGACCUAUAUUUGGGGACCGAUAUGUGGGAUUCAGUCAUUUUUACAAGCCCGUUGGAGCCUGUAAUUAAGGAGAUCAUACAUGUCCCUCGGCGCAACUAUGUCCAUGUUUGCCUGGCUAAGACGGGAGAUGGAAUUCCAUUUAUAUCCUCACUGGAAUUUAGGCCUUUGUUCAACACUUCUUAUCAGGCAGAAACGGGCUACUCCUUGCUUUCAAUACAAAGGAUCGACGCUGGUUCUACAGAAGCGUAUAGGUAUGGUGAUGAUAUCCAUGAUCGAUUUUGGACUUUCCUCCAACGUGAUGAUUGGACAAAUAUAAACACGUCAAGCAUCGUUGAUGUCUCUGGCACUAGCCUAGAACCGCCGCCGGUGGUUAUGAGAACUGCCGCCAUGCCAAAAACCAUCAAUUACUUGGAUAUUAGUUGGCAGGUACCAUCUGAUGAUCCUGACAAUACUUCUGCAUAUUUUGUCUACAUGCACUUUGCCGAAGUCAAGAAGCUCCAAGCCAACCAAUCUAGAGCAUUCGAGAUUUUUCACAACGGAGAGUUCUUUUAUGGACCACUCUCUCCUGCUUACUUAAGAGCAGAAACAAUCUACAGCCCAACUGCUUUAAUCGGAGGAGCGCAUAGUAUUAAAAUCUCUAAGACUCCAAAUUCAACCCUGCCACCCAUCAUUAAUGCGUGGGAGGUUUAUGUGCGAAAAGAAUUCCCACAAUCAGAAACAGACCAACAAGAUGCUAAUGCCAUGACGAUCAUAAAGUCAACUUACGGCAUGAAAAGAAACUGGCAAGGAGAUCCAUGUCUCCCCAAAGUGUAUUUGUGGGAAGGUAUAGAAUGUAGCUAUGACGAUGAUAAGAAGCCGCAAGUGCCAAGAGUCAUAUCUUUGGACUUGUCCUCAAGCGGAUUAACCAGCAGUGUAUAUCCUUCCAUAUCCAAUCUCACAGAAAUACAAACUCUGGAUUUAUCAAACAACAAUUUAACAGGAUCAAUACCAGCCUUUUUAUCUCAAUUGCCAAAGUUGAAAGUCCUAAACUUGGAGAACAACAACCUCGGAGGUUCAGUUCCGGUUGAAAUCGAACAGAGAUUGAAGGACGGAUUGCUUUCAUUAAGGGUUUGCGGAAAUCCAAAUUUAUCUUCAAAGGUUUCUUGCAAAGAGAAGAAAAAGUCUGUACUUGUUCCUGUACUUGCAGCAUCAGUUGGUGGAGCUAUUAUUCUCCUACUAACUGCGGCAGCAUUCUGGUUCGAGUUAACGAGGAAAAGACAUCGCCGGGAUGCUAAAUCAAGCUUCCAAAAUGAGUCACUUGAUGCAAGAAAACGACACUUUUCAUAUUCGGAGAUACUCACCAUCACCGAUGCUUUUGAGAGAAUCCUUGGUGAAGGUGGUUUCGGAAAAGUGUACUACGGCCAGAUAAAUAAUACUCAAGUAGCUGUGAAGGUCCUCUCUGUAUCAUCUGGUCAAGGAUAUCACCAGUUUCAGGCAGAGGUUAAUCUAUUGAUGAGGGUUCAUCACAAAAACCUAACAAGCCUUGUUGGAUAUUGCAAUGAUGAAAAGAACAUAUCUCUCAUCUACGAAUACAUGGCCAAUGGAAACUUGCAACAACAUCUUUCAGGUAGCAACUCAAAUAUCUUAAAAUGGGAAGACAGACUACUAAUUGCAACAGACGCAGCGCACGGAUUGGAGUAUCUGCACUAUGGCUGUAAGCCUCCUAUAAUCCAUAGAGAUGUAAAGACGACCAAUAUCUUGUUGAAUGAAAGUUUCCAAGCGAAAUUAUCGGAUUUUGGGUUAUCUAGAAUUAUCCCAAAUUAUGAGGAGAGUCAUGUAUCUACAGUAGUUGCUGGUACUCCUGGGUACUUUGAUCCUGAGUACUACAUGUCAAACAGGCUAAAUGAGAAAAGUGAUGUUUAUAGUUUUGGAGUCGUACUGUUGGAGAUCAUCACAGGUCGACCUGCCAUAUCAAAAUCCUCUAAGAACAUUCACCUUAGCCAAUGGGUUAAGCAUAUGCUUCAAAAGGGUAACAUCAAAAGCAUUGUUGAUCCAAGGUUAGAGGAAAAUUUCGAUGUUAACUCAGCGUGGAAAAUUGUUGAAAUAGCAAUGAACUGUGUUUCUCAGUAUUCUGCCGAAAGACCAACAAUGAGUCAAGUAGUGGGAGAACUAAAAGAAUCUUUGGAAAUGGGACUUGUACGGACAAAGGAACGUUUUCAAAGUCCCGAAUCAAGAGAUACAACUCCAAUGAUACCUUUGAUGAGUAUUAAUUUUAGUGCCGAAAUCAGUACUCCCUCAGCUAGGUAGUACUACUACUAUAUACCCUUAUAGAUUGUAUGUUGGUUCUACUACUAUACUUCUGUUCUCCUCUUGUAUGUUGCAGAUUCUUCCUUAAUAAAAUGUAAGCUUGUUUGUAUAGUACAUUCUUAUAGAACAAUUCCUUAGUAUGUUUUGAACAUUAGUUUGUUAA